AUGGGCAGACUUUCAUCAGCCUUAAAGAUUCCCGAACGCCGGCGUACCGCCGGCCACCAUGACAACGGCCGCCAUUCCCCAGAGCCUCGAAUAUAUCAGCGACGCGAACGUAGUUUUAUCCGCAGCCGGAGCCGGAGUCGGAGUGGAAGCCCUAGGAGCAACGGCAAUGGCAGGUAUCGUCGUCCUUCGCCGGAUUACUCGUACCCUAAUCAUGACGAUGGCCGAAGCCCCCCUAGAGAUCCAAAUGAAAAAUCAGAUAACGAAUUGGAAGAGGAAGAUGAUCUGAAGGGCGAAAAAGAGAAACCGAACAAGGGCCCGAAUGCUGAAGCGAAAAUAUCGCCGGAGAGUGAAUCUGAGUCGGAGUGUGAGGAUUCUGAAUCUGAAUCAGAUAAUUCUAGGUCAAGAAAGAAUAAAAAAUCCCGGCGUAAGAGUCGAAGAUCGAAAUCAGUCUCUGAGAGUGAAACCCAUUUGGAAAACGAGUCUAGCAACAAUGACUCGGAGGAAGAUAGGAAGAGGAGAAGGAGAAAGAACCGGAGAAAGAGCAGGCGGAAAAGCAGCAGUGGGAGAAAGAGAAUCAGCGGGAAAAAACGCUCAAAGAGUGCAACCGAUACCGAGAGCGAGAGCCAAGAUUCUGAGAUGAGCCAUGAUCGCGUGAGAUCGACAAAGCGCAGGCAAAGGUCAACUUCACGUUCCAAACAGAGCAAGAAGAAGAGAGAAUCGAGUUCCGGCUCGGGUGGCAGCUGCUCUAACUCAGAACCUGAAGCAAAUAAAGUUGUUCCUAAGCCAGACGAGCUCAUACUCAAUGCCGACACGAAUGUGGACCUUCUCAAGUUUAAGGAAAUGAUCGAGCAGCGUAAAAAGCUCAAUCUUGAUGAAGAGCCUGUUGUAGGCCCAAUGCCCCUGCCGAGGGCUGAGGGCCACAUUAGCUAUGGUGGGGCCCUCAGGCCCGGUGAGGGUGAUGCUAUAGCCCAGUAUGUGCAGCAGGGUAAACGUAUCCCGCGUAGAGGUGAGGUGGGCCUCUCGGCUGAGGAGAUAUCGAAAUUCGAGUCUCUUGGGUACGUGAUGAGUGGGAGCAGGCAUCAAAGGAUGAAUGCGAUCCGUAUUAGGAAGGAAAACCAGGUUUAUAGCGCUGAGGACAAACGGGCCCUGGCGAUGUUUAACUAUGAGGAGAAGGCCAAGCGAGAGCAGAAAGUUAUGGCUGACUUGCAGCGUUUGGUGCAGCGUCAUAUCGGGCAGGAUACUGGUCCUUCUCAUGACCCGUUUGGUGGGGAUGAUUGA